AUGAAUCAGUCAUUUCUAAAGUGUCACUACUUCAGUCACAAGUUUAGUCCCAACUAGAACGGUUCGAAAAUUCUUCGUUGCGUUGAUUUUGGCACGACAUUCUUUUGUAGUACUUGUAAUACUUUUUUGAAAAUCGUUUGUAAGUUUGGUAUCGAUAAUAUGGAGGUAAUUGUGCCGCCAGAGAACUCUCAUUGGUCCUUGAGAUUUGUGGACGUUUGGAAGCCCUUUCCGGAGCGGAUUGUGGCCAACGCCACCUACAAGGUGCUCCGCUUUUUCUAUCCUCCCUUCGCUAUGGAAGCGGUAGACGUCACCCACGUCGUCAGCGAUCCAGAGCUGGACUGUUUAAACGUGGGUCUCUACCUGGUCUUCCCCUUCCUGCUGGCCUGCCUCUGCUUUAAUGCCUACAGGGUUGUCAAGAAGCCGCGAAAAGUGGUUAAACAACCGCCAGUUCGACUAACCGAGCUGGAGCAGCGCAUGUACGCCAAGUACGGCUCGGAAUACAAGCUGGGGAUUUGGAGGAGAAAGGAUAUAUCCGAUCCCCUUCUCAAAAAAAGCAUAUCAGACAUACAGAAAAUGUUACCAGAGGCCUUUGAGGGGAACCACUGCCUCCGAGAAUCCGCCGAGGAUAUUGUCAAGGGAAACGUGACCUUCAACGAGGAGGUUAAGUGCCGGCUCUUCGAAAAGAGUUCUCAGUUGAAUAUCGUUGCAGAUAAGCUGGUAGAUAUGGUUGGGCAAAUCAACACUACGGUCAAAGAGCGUUCCGGAGAAGACAAAACCCCUGACUUAGGCAAGUCGAAACCUCCUUCCUUUCCAGUCAAUCGAGCCUGAAAAAGCUCCUGCGUAUCUGCUUAAACCGAAAAAUCGAUUUAAGAUCUUUCCAUUUCGUUUAAUGAUUCGGCCUUUUUUCCGACUCGAAAAGUGUCAGCUUUCGGCUUUUCCUGUUGGUGCAAUAAAAUGAAGUGAUUUCCCGUUUUUA